GUGUCUUUUACUCCACCGGCAGAAAACCUUCGCUGUCGGAAUCCAUUUUGUGUAAGAUCGGACGUGUGCGCCCUUCUCUAAUGUUCACACGCUUGAUCCACGUCUCCUUAUCAAAAGAGCGCGAUCUUCGCAAUAGGAUAAGGAUCAAUUAUUAUGAUCAGCGGAAAAACUCAACCUGUGAAGUCAGUCGGAAUACUAACUACUUAUGCAUGAAUCAUACACUACUUAACACGGCAAUUUUAGCCUGCAGCUGUAGUUGCACAAAAAUAAGUAGCUUCUGGAGGCGGGAUCCUCCACGCUAGCAAUUUGACGAGAACGAAGAGAAUGCUCCGCAUCAGCGUGCUGCGAGAAAACGCGGCACAGCAGGAAACGCGUCUUUGGCAGACAUCUGCGGAGGCCCCGACGAGUUUCGCGCUGCGUUUUGAGAGAAUAAUGAAGCGUCUUUCGCUUUUAUCCCUAGGCGCGACCGUGCCGCAGUUUGCCUUGGGUUCCUGCCCUUUGACCCCCAACUGCAACUUUCCUGACAACGGGUCGUGCGGCAACGCGUGCUGCUUUAUGAGUUUCGCUUUUCUGGGUUACGAACCCGGCGAGGUGAAAGACGCGAUCUUCGAAAAGCUGGCCCCGCAAACCGCGGGCGGGCCGGACGGGGGCUACACUUUGCAGUACUUGGACGGCGGCAGCUACGGGUUUACCAACUUCAGCUUCCCCGCCCCGGUGGACCAGACCCGCUAUACUAAGAUCGCCUUCAUUGGACAAGCGUGGCACGAGACGGACGGCGCAAUUUCAAAGCUGCAGCACAAGAAAAUAAUCACACGGUACAACGACAUAUCGAAUACAAAUGCAAAGCAUCUUUAAAUAUCGAUGUGGGCGGUGCUCUGGAAAAUAAUUCGUCAUGCCAAAUUAUUGUCGUGAAUCAAGAAAUACGGCUCUGGUGCUCGUGAAGUAUGCUCCCAGAAGUUUUUUCUUGCACAUCGGAAGCUACUAGUUCUUGCGUACUGUGUUUGCAUCACAAACCAGUGCUGCCUAGCGGUGGCCUGAUGUCGACGACAGGGUAUAUUUAUUUUUCGUGUCAUCCGACCCAGUCGUGCAGGUUCCAGGUUUUCACGUACUUGCGCAUUUGCAAAAAUGCAUAUCACACCAUGAACUUCCUGAUUUACGUGGCGAACAAAAAGUACGCUAAAGAGGUGGGCGAACGAUUCGGCAAGACUACUACGGUGGUGCGGGUCACGUCCACAUCGCAAAUCGGCGGCGCGUACGGGGAUUCUGGGCAAAACUUUUGCAACAUUAUUACGCUGAUGAACGCGGUGCCGCUGAAGCAUUAUCCCAAGAAAAAUAGGUCGUCGGCCAUCCCGUCGAACUUGCCGUUUUGCGAUCUUUUUUUGAGAACAUGAGCAUGACUUUUUGUGGUGCCGGAAUAACGUCAGGCCAUGCAUUGGGUGUACAGUCCAUGCCUAGUUUGUCUCCUAUUUUGGCAUGGCAAUGAAACUUGACGAUUGGUGGAAUAGCGGCGCGUUGUUUGUGCAAACGUACAGCGCCCACUUUUUAAACAAAAUUUCUUGUAGUUGUGAAAUUUGUGCAAUUUUUCUUCAACUGCAAAUAGAAAUUCCGAUAGCGACAGGAUUGUUUUCAUUCGAUUAGAGCCACGAAAUCUCCACCGACCGGUACGGCUGCCCAUUUUCCGCAUAUGGACGGCUCAGCUGUCACAAUCUCAAAAGUGACAAUUUCUGAUGCAAAACUCGGAAGAUCCACUGUUUGUCACGGGAUCUCCUGUCGGGAUGCUUUUUUUGUGCGGCAUUUUCAUUGAACUAAAGAUAAGUCGGAAAAAUGCAAGCCGUGCGAAAUAAUCUUCUAUCAUGCGAAAAGUUCUUGAAGUGCACGGGUAUUUCAUUUCUGUUGCACUUGUGAUGCGAAGCUGAUGCUGAAGUGCAAUUUCGACGGUCAUGUGUACAACAUGCGUCGCUUUUGAUAUCUUUGUGAAGCCUUAGGCUGAGCAACUGAUACUGUGCCAUCAGAGGUUCUCUCUACGACAACUGGCGAGAUGAACACGGUGGUGUUGAGCGAAUCUGCACAAUCUCCAGCUAGUGCUACGGCGCCGGGCUGGGUGAGCGAAGAGGAUUCAACAUCCGCGGCGUAUCACACAGAAAAAAGCUCCCAGGCCAAGAUGUUUGUAUAUGCAAAAUAUAUACGCGCAACGUUCUCUCUUGCAUAGCCCAACCGCCAUGCUAUUGGCCUGUAUAUGGCAGAUUUUGUGCUUAUUCAUUUUCGCAUCCAAAAUUAUGCCCUGGUAGCUUUUUGUUUUUUCUCUGGGAUACGGCACGGCAGACGAGCACUUCUGCGCGAAAUGUUGAAGGUCGCAGAAGGGCAGGAAAACUACUACCCGAAGUUAGUACGCGUACUGCAGAACAAGUGUCCUCCUCAUUAUGCAAGGAAACGAACAAGAGUGAGUUUGCUAGUGUAACUGUUCUAGGGGUGGGUCCAGCAUUAUUUGAUAGCCCGAACAAGGGUGCGAGCAGCCAUUAUUCAUAUGUAGUGAGGUCACCGAACGGUUCUAACCGGGGAGUUUUUUUGCCAUCUACCGUGAAAAACGACCGGCAUUUUUUAAGCGGCCCUGGAUGACCUGGCACCGAAUCGCCAGCGGAUUCUAUCGAUCGCCGCUGGGUAAAACGACGCAGGGGAGCCGGCAAAAGGGGCGCCCUUCUGAGGCGCCCACCGCCUUAGUUUCUGGCGGUUUGGGGCGCCCAAAAAG